AUGACCGACAUUGCGAAGAUCGCAGGAGACCACAUUCUGAUAUACGAGGGUUACUAUAAACAGCUCGAUCCAAAAGAAACGAACGAAAUCGCCGCGCUUGCUGCUGCAAAAUUCCUCAAGAAAUCCGGCCUCAGUGAUGUCGUCCUCAGUCGAAUCUGGGAUUUGUCAGACCCGACUGGUAAAGGCUUCCUGACGAAGGAAGGAUUUUUCGUCUCACUCAAGCUGAUCGGACUGGCACAGGAAGGUUCAGACAUAAGCCUCAAAAAUGUUUACCAUGUCCUGUCGAAACCUCCAAAGGUGGGCGAUUUACCAAAACCCCCAGCACAGGUAAAAUUGCUACCAGCCGAAAGCACAGAUUGGUCAAUGAAACCGGAAAAGCGUGUACAGUACGAGCAGUUGUUCGAUUCGCUCGGUCCCAUGAACGGGUUGCUCCCGGGUGCGAAGGUACGCGUAACGCUGAUGAACUCAAAGCUACCGCUCGACACACUCGGCCGUAUCUGGGAUCUGGCCGAUCAGGAUCGUGACGGAAGCCUCGACAAACAUGAAUUCUGUGUGGCCAUGCAUCUGGUGUACGAAGCGCUGGACAAGCGUGCCAUCCCGGCCAUACUGCCACCACAGCUGCAGCGUAACUAUGGUUCCCAAAUGGCACAAAACGGUGCCGGUGGAUUCGAUGCGUUUGGCAGUGGUGCCGCAGACGGAGGCGGUUUUGUGGCAAACUUCCCGACCGACAUUGCGCCCCCACCAGUCGUACCACCGCUACCGGCUGCCCUCACACGACCACCGCCAAUGACGGCAGGCGCUCCAAUCAUUCCGCCCGUGCCGAUGGUACCGCUCGUGUCGGGCUCUGCCCCGAUUGAGGUGACCAGCUGGGUUGUGUCACCGCUCGAGCGUUGCAAGUACGAAGAGAUCUUCAACAAGAGCGACACCGAUCGGGACGGCCUCGUGUCCGGUAACGAAAUAAAGGAUGUCUUUCUGCAGUCCGGUGUGGCGCAGAAUUUGCUCGCACACAUAUGGGCACUCUGUGACACGAACCAGUCGGGCAAGCUUAAGCUGGAAGAGUUCUGUCUAGCCAUGUGGUUCGUUGAUCGAGCCAAAAAGGGUAUCGAUCCGCCGCAGGCAUUAGCACCGAAUAUGGUGCCGCCCAGUUUGCGGAAGAGUUCACUGAUUCAAGCACAGGAACCACCACAACCAACCUACAGCAAUCCAGAGCUGGAAAUGAUAUCCAAAGAAAUAGAUGAGCUUGCAAAGGAGCGCCGCUUGCUGGAGCAAGAAGUGGCCCAAAAGGAGGCUGACGUGCGAAUUAAGAGCGGUGAACUGCGCAGCCUGCAAAGCGAACUGGACACGCUAACAGCAACGUUGAAGCAGCUGGAAAACCAAAAAGGUGAAGCACAGAAGCGUUUGGAUGAUCUAAAAAAUCAGCAAGUAGAUGUAGAUCAAGCCUUGCUAGGGGUAGCGUGCAGCAUUGACGAUGCUCGUCAGCAGGUGAACAAAAUUCGUGAACAGUGCCAGAAGCAGGAAGCAACGCUCAAGGAGCAAGAAGGUGAGCUGGACUCGCGUCGUUCCGAGCUGCAGAAGCUGAAGGAUGAAGAGCAAUCGCUCGAGAAGGAGUACAACGCCAGCACCAAAGAGGUCGACCGGUUGACAUCACAGCUGCAGGACACGCAGCUAGAGAUCAGUCAGGUGAAGGCCAUGGUUACUCAAAUACAAGAGUACCAGCGUCAAAUGACGGACGCACUGUCAAUGUUCCGUUCGGCGAUCGAAUCGAAUGACCCGAUCCUGGUGUCGGACUAUUCGCUCAAGAUUGAGCCGGAGUUCCGCGAGGCGAAACAGGCCCUGGAAGAGAAGGAGGUUGAGAACGCCAACAAGCGCGAUCCGUUCGGCGAUAACAGACCGAAUGGAUUUAGUGCGGGCGAAACGGAAACGGGCUUCGGGGAUGAUUUUAAGUCGAACGGUUUCACCACCCAGUUCGAUGUCGGUUCGAAUGGAGGAUUUCACGGAACGGGCGGUGGUUUCGGAGACGAUGGGUUCGGUGCGUUCGGUGCGAAGACGAAUGCCAACAGCGGUGCGGAUCCGUUUGCAUCCGCGGCUGCCGAUCCGUUCGGUGAACGGAAAGGUAGUGCAGCAGAGCCCGCCAAAGAUGAGUUUGGAUGCGAUCCGUUUGCCAUACUGCAUGCUCCGACCACUGCCGGUCAAGGUUUGACACCUAGUCCUAGCAAAUCCGUUGCACCACCGCGUCCAGAAUCACCAAGCCCAGCCCUGCCACCGAAGAAGGCGAAACAGCCACCACCACGCCCAGCACCACCACGACCAAUGCAGGGCCCUACGCCUACCAAACCUGCACCACCGGCGUCGGAUGCAUUCGGUGAUAGUAGCGGUGGUGGCAGUUUUGCCAACUUUGCCGAUUUCGACAAUAAGAAUCUCAAACCAGUAACCUCCCAAGCACUAGCGUCCUCCUCCUUUGCUUCGAGUGGAAACGCAUACGGAAGCAACCGCUCGCUUACGGGUGCCUUCGUCUCAACAUCCUCCUCCACCGUAUCCAGUGUACCAAUGACCACGAUCACGAUCGAAGCGCCCACUCCUCCAUCAGCAGCAGCCCCGGUUUCGGUUGUUACACCCGUUCCUGCCCUUUCAUCAGCACCGACGCCGACACCGGUCGUUGAUUUUGCGGACGAUCCGUUCAAGGACUAUCGGUACGAGGAUCCGUUUAACAUCGAAGACCCAUUCGCCGAUGGCGAGAACGAUGCACCAUCUUCCGAGGAUCCUUUCUCAACGACAGGCAGCAAUGUAACAAACAACAACAUUCUAUCGAACAAAUUUGAUACCACGUUCAGCAAAUCGUCCACCGGCUCGCUGGAAACAUUGGAUGAACUGUUUAAGGGUGUACGGGUUUCAGGCGACGGUGCAAACGAUACGACUCUGAACAAUAACAGCGCCAACCGGAUGAAUAACAAUAGCAGUGCUCUAUCAGCAAGGAGUGCCGUUGGGUCGAUUGGAAAAUCGAAACCAUUUGCUCUAGAUCCGUUCGAUGCAUUUAAUGAUAAUUUUUCCAAAAACACCAAUCAAGUUGAGGACAGUUUAUUUAGCGCGUUCGGCAAUGCUAGUAAGGAUGCUACCGAUAACAAUCUGUUGGAUGCGUUUCGCGUUACAACAACCUCUCCCGCAGUGCAUUCCACCAGUCCCGCAACAUCAUCAUCCAUGAUGAAGUCGUUCGAGGAUGAGUUUUCCAAAAUGGACGCUAGUAAUGUGUUGAACAAUAAUCUCGCAACCGCAUCCUUCACAAGUGGCAACGAAUUUGUCGCAAAGUUUGAUGAUGCAUUUAGUGCAUUCAGCGCAACGGCAACGCAAUCGACGGCUAAUGCCAGCAGCACAGGUACUGCAAACGGUAACCGAUACGGUGUUGGUUUUGGUGCCACACUGCCGCCACCGGCAAAGAGUUCAAAAUCCGUUGCAAAUGGACCGCUGACCGGUAGUUUAAAGCGACCCGAUGGCAGUGCCGAUCCACCAAAAUUGGUCGAAAGGUUUAAUGCUGACUACUCGAAGGGUGAAACGUUUGAUGCAGAUAUGGAAGCGGUGCUACAACGAUCACUGGUCGAAAAAUGA